CUCUCGAAAGCAACGAAUUCACAAUUCACAGUUCUGGGAGGGUGGAUGGAGUGAAUGUUCAGUUGUUGCGGUUUGUUCGGGCUGUUUAGAUGGACAAAAUGCUCCCUUAUGAAGCGCAAGGAAUUCUCGUUCGCAUGGCCAUCGCGGUGCUAUCGUUGGGCGUCUCCAUAGUCAUCCUAUUGCUGAUCCCCAACUGGGUGGAGACCCGCGAGUCCUCUGAGAUCUCUGUGUGGUACAACAUCGGUCUGCUACAGACAAUCGGCGGAGUCUUUCUCAUUGUGGGCUCACUGAAGGCGAACCACUGGAUGUUCCUGCCCUGGCUGGUCGCGGCUAUUAUCUUCAUCUACACGCUGCUGUACAAGACCUUGAGCUACUAUUGCUAUCUGCACGGUAAACGUCUGGUUCUGGUAAUUCCCCUAUUCUACAUCAUUGCGGGUUUCUGGCUCUACUUUCUGUGCGAUGUCUUCAAGGACUUUCUCGACCUGCAUCGUAAAUCCUCUCCGGAGAUCCCCAGUCACGACCCACUAUGAUUUUGUUGCCGUUGUACUCGUACAUUCACAUUCACGGCAUUAAAGUGCACUCUUUUCUCCCACGUGAAA